AUAUACCGAGGUUUAUAAAUAGUGUAAUGAACACGUCUUCAAACGUAGUCGCCGAGCUGUAGUCACAUAUAACACUAAGUAUCGCGUGGUGAAGUGUUGUACAUUUUUAAGGAUGACAACGGAUAUGCCGCUACGGUUUCCUGAUUGGGAUCUGAACAAGAGUCUAUAUGGGGAAACAGACUCACUCCCUCUGAUGGCAACACCUGGGCCAGUGCUGAUGAUUUUGGCACUCUAUUUGUUAUAUGUUCUCAAAAUAGGACCAGCCCUCAUGACGAAACGAGAACCUUACAAAUUAACGACAGCUCUUUUAUUGUACAAUGGCCUUCAGGUUGUUGGCUCAGUUUACUUAGUACAAACGUAUUUCUCGAGGCUGAUGUCACGGGGAAUAUUGCAUUCUACAUGUCACAUGAAUGAUUCUAAGGAAAGAAAAGAGAUCUUAGUAGGAAUUUGGUUAUAUUUUAUAGCAAAAGUGUCUGAAUUGCUGGACACAGUGUUCUUCGUAUUGAGGAAGAAGGACAAUCAAGUAACUUUUCUUCAUUUGUACCACCACUCCAUCAUGAUGCUUGGAACCUGGGCCUUCCUGAAGUACUGGCCUUCAGACAAUCUCUUCUUUAUAGGAUUUUUGAAUUCACUAGUUCAUGUUUUCAUGUACACAUAUUAUGGUUUAUCGGCGCUUGGUCCUAAAGUCGCGAAAUACAUUUUUUGGAAGAAACACAUGACGAAAUUCCAACUGAUACAAUUUGUUUGUAUAAUCAUACAUUACAUCUUAGCUGUACGUAUCUCAGAUUGUCCACCAUCGAGGGGCGUCGCUACAUUCGUAGCCAGCAACACCGUAUUCUUCCUCAUACUUUUCCUCAAUUUCUACAGCCAAAGCUAUUUAAAGAAAUCUUUAGGCCAGGGAAGCAACAGAGACGGAACAUACAAAACAAAAUAGAUUUUACUUCACCUUUACACGAUUUUCAUCUUUAUUGUGCCAAUAUAGGAAUCACAUUGUUUGAGUUUAUGAAAUAUAACAAAAAUAUAUGAUGAUAUAGAAAUUAAUUAUUAAGCUUAGAGAUAAUGGACAAAGCUAAGAUCGGAAUAGUAUUACCAUUAUAAUAUUAAGUAGGUAAUUGAAAUAAAAUGUUUAUAUAGUAGUAGUAUUGUUAUAAAAAAAUUAAGUAUUAAUUUAUGAUUAAUUUUAAUUGUAAAAAUAUUAUUUUGUGAAAAAGAUCUUUAUUUAUAUUUUUUUUAUUAAUAAAUACAAAUUAAUAUGUUCCAUUUUAUAAGAACAUUAGUAACGAAAAUGUUUUAGAAACGCGAUAUAGUGAAGCAUUCGAUGUGAUUAGUUUUUUUUUAAGCGUAUUUGAUGUGUGUUUGCUAAAAAUAAAAGCGAUGACCAAUA